AACUAUGAAGGUUUUGUCUCCUUUAUAGAUUCUCCGUAUCUGUCUAAACAACAAUUGGAUUUGUAUAUAGACAGGGUUCGGUUUUUCAUAAAACCCAUAAUAACAAAAAAAGAGCUUCUUCAAUCUCAAUGGAGAAGAGUAAUGGUCAGCGAGUGAUUCUCUUCCCUUUGCCAUUACAAGGCUGCAUAAACCCUAUGCUUCAGCUCGCCAACAUCCUUCACUCAAGAGGCUUCUCCAUCACUGUAAUCCACACGCGUUUCAACGCUCCAAAAGCUUCAAACCAUCCUCUCUUCACCUUCUUACAGAUCUCAGACGGCUUGUCUGAAUCCCAGAUCAAAGACGAUCCUACCUCUAAUGUUAUGUCUCUUAUCGCGCAAAUCAAUGUCAACGCUGAGUCUCCGUUUCGUGAUUGCUUGCAAACAAUCUUGUCUCAAGAAUCUGAAAGGGUUAGCUGUUUGAUCGAUGAUUGUGGAUGGCUCUUCACACAAAAUGUUGCGGAGAGUUUGAAUCUCCCGAGGCUUGUUCUCUCUACUUUCAAAGCCACUUUCUUGAAUGCUUAUCCUAUUCUCCCGCGUAUCAGAACCAAAGGCUAUCUUCCAGUUUCAGAUUCUAAAGCAGAGGACUCUGUUCUUGAGUUCCCUCCGCUUUUAAAGAGAGAUCUUCCAAGGAUUUUUGGGGAAGAUGGAGAGAAACUGGAUCCAUUCUUAGAGAUUAUUGUCGACACAACGAUGAAAUCUUCAGGUCUAUUAUUCAUGUCCUGCGAAGAGCUUGAGAAAGAAUCUUUAAAUCUUGCUAAAGAAACUUUCAAGGUUCCAGUCUUUGCGAUUGGUCCGUUUCACAGCUACUUCUCUGCUUCGUCAAGUAGCCUUUUCAGACAAGACGAGACUUGCGUUCAUUGGUUAGAUAAUCAAGAAGAGAAAUCAGUUCUCUACGUGAGUCUAGGAAGCGUUGUGAACAUAAAAGAAACAGAGUUCUUGGAGAUUGCUUGGGGUUUAAGCAAUAGCAAACAGUCUUUCUUGUGGGUGGUACGACCUGGAUUGGUCUCUGGCGCAGAGUGGAUCGAACCACUCUCCGAGGAGCUCGUGAGGAGCCUUGAAGAGAAAGGGAAGAUAGUGAAAUGGUCUCCACAACAAGAGGUUCUUGCGCACCGAGCCGUUGGUGGGUUUUUGACACACAAUGGUUGGAACUCGACGUUAGAGAGUAUAUGCGAAGGGGUUCCGAUGAUAUGCUUACCUGGAGGUUGGGAUCAAAUGCUGAACGCAAGAUUCGUGAGCGAUGUUUGGAGGGUUGGAGUUCACUUGGAAGGUCAGAUAGAGAGGAGGGAGAUCGAGAAAGCUGUGAGGUUACUAAUGUUGGAAAGUGAAGGAGAAAAGAUUCGUGAGAGGAUGAAUGUUUUGAAAGAUGAGGUUGGGAGAUCUGUUAAAGAUGGAGGAUCAUCAUAUCGAUCUAUAGAAACCCUAACGAAUCAUAUACUAUCGUUGUAACAAUGGGAAUAUACGUUCAAGAUAUACUUCAAUGUUCCUCUAAAAGUAAAAAUAUUCUCAAUAUUGGUUUCAUUGUGUAAUAAACUAUUUAUGUCUAAAUAUUUUUAUUCAAGAUGUACUAAAAGCUAUAUAUAUAUAUAUAUGGCAAGUGAUGUAAUCGAAUUUUUUUAAUAAACUUGUUUGUUU